CACCCCACGCGACUGGGGUAUGGGGGAGAGUUUUUCUCCAGAUCAAUCGAUUUUGGAUGUGGAGUCCGCCUGGAACGGUGAGACCGUUCGCCAUUCGACGGGAUUGGGUAGACAAGGGGCCUGAUGGAGGCACAGAGGAUGGUAUAAAACAAGGCAGGUCCGCAUCCAACCCAUCAGCACAUCCUCACACUACCUUUCUUUCCUUUCCCAUCCUAUCACCUUUCAAACGACAAUAUGGGUGCUGGAGGCAAGCCAGUCAACAUCUUCACGUUCAAGAAGAACGGAAGCGAACCCCCAGAGGUUCUCAACUGGAAGCUAUGGUUCGCCGUCCUCUCAUUCGGUAUCAUGGGUGCUGCCCGUGGUAUCGAUGAGGGUCUCAUUUCUGGAACUUUUGCUACUAAGCACUUCCAACAUUCCCUUGGCCUCAACAAGCUCGACACAGUAGAUCUCGCCCAGGUCAAGGCCAACGUUUCCGCCAUGGUUCAAAUCGGCUCCGUCGGUGGUGCCCUCUUGGCCUUCGUCCUCGCUGACCGCAUCGGUCGUCUUUGGGCCACUCGCCAGCUCUGCCUUGUGUGGAUGCUCGGUAUUGUCAUCUUCAUGACCAGCACUGUUGGUGGUGGUCGCCUCGGCCAGGUAUACGCCGGUCGUUUCAUCGCUGGUCUGGGUAUUGGACAAACCACUGUCAUCGCCCCGGUCUACAUCUCUGAGAUCGCCCCCAAGUCAGUCCGUGGUCUGUGUACCUGCGUCUUCUCCGGUUCCGUCUACAUUGGUAUCAUGCUUGCAUACUUCGCCUCAUGGGGUAGCUCUCUUCACAUCUCAAAGACCUCGCCUACUUCAUGGGAAGUCCCUACUUCAAUCCACUUGAUGUUCGCCGGUCUCAUCUUCGUCCUGUCAUUCUUCAACUACGAAUCACCCCGUUACCUCAUCAAGGCUGGCAAGCGUGAGAACGCUGUUGCUAACUUGGCUCGCGUGCGUGGUCUGCCCAUCGAGCACGAGCUUGUCCAGAGUGAAAUUGCCGAUAUCGAGAACCAGCUUCACGAGGAGCAAGAAGCUACUAUGGGCCAAGGUGCUAUGGGCUACAUCAAGGAAAUGUUCUUCAUGCCCAACAACGCAUACAGGCUUUACAUUGGACUUGGUUCUCAGGUGCUCUCGCAAUGGAGUGGCGCUCAAUCUAUGACUGUCUACGCACCCGACUUCUUCGCUCUUCUCGGUACCAAGGGUCAAAACGAGAAACUUUUCGCAACUGCCAUUUUCGGUGUUGUCAAGUUCGUCGCUGCCAUUGCCUGCGCUCUUUUCCUUGUUGACUGGAUCGGUCGCAAGCGCUCUCUCAGCAUCGGUAUCGCCUGCCAGGCUAUCAGUAUGGCAUAUGUCGCCGCUUUCCUUACUGCUGUCCCCGGAAUUGAGGAAAAGGGCUUCGAGUUCUCCAAGAGCCAGAAGGCCGCCUCGACUGUUGCUCUUGUCAUGAUCUACCUCUCCGGUUUCGGUUGGGCUAUGGGUUGGAACUCGAUGCAGUACCUUCUCAACGCUGAGAUCUACCCUCUCCGUAUCAGAGCCAUCUCCUCCUCCCUGGUCAUGUGCUUCCACUUCGUCAACCAGUACGGUAACUCUCGCGCUGUUCCUCUCAUGCUCCUCGACCACAAGGAGGGUGGUCUCGGCCCUGCCGGUACCUUCUGGCUUUUCACCGCCAUCACCUGCAUCGGUGGUGCCUGGGCGUGGUUCACCAUCCCCGAGACCUCUGGCAGAUCCCUCGAGAGCAUCGACAAGCUGUUCGAGCUCCCCUGGUACAAGAUUGGUCGUUUCGGUGCCAAGGAGGCCGAGAUCAGCGACCAGUUCGAGGCCGACAAGAUCGACGAGAAGAAGGCCAACGUCCAGAUCAUCGAGCGCGCAGUCUAAACAACUACUUUGCAUUGGGAAUUUGGUCAAAUUGGGUUAACGCAUUCGACAAGCUGUUUGAUAGCCUCUGUCUCUACGAACUAUAUAUCUCGUGUAACGAAAACACGCAGCAUGAACAAACAUACUUUUCCACACUUCACUGCUUGUCCCGUCUUAUUUCUGACCAUGUGAUUCUUGAACAAAAUCUCGUUGGCACUGAACUGUGUUGAGCGCCUUCGAGGGGCUUGAGGCUUGUGAGCCGAUGAGCUCGUGUAGCGGAACAUGCUGUUUUGGGAAAUAUCUCCGCACGGCUGAAGACGAUCACGGUACGUGCGGUCCGAUAUUUGAGUUAUGAGCCGCCACACCGGUCGACUAAAA